CGGCGGCAGCAGCAGCAGCAGCAGGAAUCUCCCAGACUUGCCCCGAUGGAUGAUAUCUGCGAAGCAAAUGGCGCUUUUGCCAUCAACUUAUUUAAAAUGUUGGGAGAAGAGGACAACUGUCGAAACGUAUUCUUCUCUCCUCUGAGCAUAACCUCUGCCCUGGCCAUGGUCUUGUUAGGGGCAGAAGGAAACACCGCAGCCCAGAUGUCCCAGGCACUUUGUUUGAAUGAAGACGAAGAUGUUCACCAAGGUUUCCAGUUGCUUCUCUCUGAAGUUAACAAAACUGGCACUCAGUACUCGCUCAGAAUUGCCAACAGACUCUUUGGAGAAAAAACAUGUGAUUUCCUUCCAACCUUUAAGGAAUCCUGUCAGAAGUUCUAUCAGGCAGAGCUGGAGGAACUGUCCUUUGCUAAAGAUACUGAAGGAUGUAGGAAACACAUAAAUGACUGGGUGACAGAAAGGACUGAAGGUAAGAUUUCAGAGGUGCUGGCUGCUGGGACAGUUGACUCACUGACGAAGCUGGUCCUUGUGAAUGCCAUCUAUUUCAAGGGAAAGUGGAAUGAGCAGUUUGACAGCAAGUACACAAGGGGAAUGCUCUUUAAAACCAAAAAGGAGAAAAAGACAGUGCAGAUGAUGUUUAAGCAAGCUAAAUUUAAAAUGGGGUAUAUAGAGGAGGUGCACACCCAGGUCCUGGAGCUGCCGUACACAGAGGAGGAGCUGAGCAUGGUCAUCCUGCUCCCAGACGAAGACACCGAUCUUGCCGUGGUGGAACAAACACUUACAUAUGAGAAGUUCAGAGCCUGGACAAAUCCAGAAAAGAUGAUGCAGAGUAAAGUUCAAGUUUUCCUUCCCAGACUAAAGCUGGAGGAGAGUUAUGACUUAGAGUCUUUCCUUCGAAGUUUAGGAAUGACUGACGCUUUUGAAGAAGCCAAGGCUGACUUUUCUGGAAUGUCAACUAAGAAGAACGUGCCCGUGUCCAAGGUCGCCCACAAGUGCUUUGUGGAGGUUAAUGAGGAAGGCACAGAGGCGGCCGCGGCCACUGCGGUGGUCAGAAAUUCCCGGUGCAGCAGACCAGAGCCAAGAUUUUGUGUAGACCACCCUUUCCUUUUCUUCAUUAGGCAUCACAAAACCAACAGCAUCUUGUUCUGCGGCAGGUUCUGUUCUCCGUAGAGAGGUGUCAUUGCUGUACACGCCCUCCUUUCUAGUCUGCCUAUCUUGCCUUAAUUAAAAUCUUAUGGGACUAAAUUGGUGGGGUGGCUUGAAUGCCAAAAUAAAGUGUGUGCAC